CACUAUUUUAGUAUCGUUGUCUAUCGUUCUUGAAAAUUAGAGUCCAUCCAUUCUGUUUCCUCCAGUUGGUAAUCAGUCGAGUUGAGUUUAAGGUUCGUCCGAAUGACGUUAGUCGAGUCAGUGUACUGGAUGUCGCUUUAUUAAGUCAGUCAAACUCGUGCAUAAGGGGCAACCCAUAUCAUUUCGACCUGGGUUUGAGCCUCGACCUCUCGGAUUGAGCCCGUGAUUAAUUAUAUGAUUGUUCUCACUGUGAAAGAGUUUUCUUGUGGCACCUCAACACCGCGGGUAACUGAAUCUGUAUCUGACACCCACGUUUCCGAGUUAUCAAAAUGGCCGUACCGAUGUGGUUGAACUCGGAUUACAUAAAAGCCGUCUUACGGAAAGUCGAGAAAAAUGAUUCCAUUGAAGUGUCAGAUAUGACCGUAAAGCCAGCCACGGCCAACGGUGACAAUUACAUGAGUGAUAUGCAUCGCAUCGGCGUCAAAUUCUUGCGGGUUCUUGACGGACGGCAAGUGACGGAGACAAGGUCUUUCAUAGCGAAGAUCGCCAUUGCAGAAGGUAUUCAAGCAAAAAUGACGGCGGAUGGUAGAUUUUUUGAAAUAGAAUCUUCAAUGAUGUCGGAAACUUUGCCGAGGAUGCAAGAGAUUUUGUCUAGACAUGGUAUGCCUGCCUCUUUAUCGGCAAGAUGUCUGCCGACUCAGGAAGAAGGACCGAUUCAUCUGUUGCUCGAGGAUCUGGUAGCCGAAGGCUUUCGCCUCGCUGAUCGUCAGGCUGGUUUGGAUCUGGAUCAUUGUUUGGUAGCGAUUCGCAAUCUUGCUAAUUUUCAUGCGAGUUCAGUAGCUCUUGCAGAAAAGGACCUUGCAGCUGUAACAAAGUACAACAAAGGAAAUUUCCACAAGGAUCACGUAUUGAUUGCCUUUUUCGAAUCAACCAUGAAAUAUUUUGCAGAAGAGGUUGCUAAAUGGCCCGAAUUGAAUCCGCGGAUUUAUAACAAGAUAUUGAAGUUAUCGGAAGUUGUCUGCGAAAAACUAUGCGAGGCUGCUCUUUUUCGGGAAAACGAUUUCAAUGUCCUCAAUCACGGAGAUUUCUGGAUAAAUAAUACAAUGUUCCGUUACGAUGACCAACAGAACCCUGUCGAUUCUAGAUUCGUAAGUGCAAAAUUUUAUAUAUAGUCGUCUUAUAAUACGUCCUCUCGUCAAACAUGCCCCGGUUCAAUUCGAUCAGACACAAAAACCCAAGUAGAUACGAGGAAACGAAGAGCUUCCAUGCGCGCAGCCAAUUGAAGUUUUGCGUCGCUAGAAACAUACUUUCCUUCUGAUUAUAACGAUUUACUCGUUAAUCAAAAUUGCAGGUGGACUUUCAAUUGAGCAAUUACGCUUCACCAGCAAUAGACAUUCUCUUCUUUUUUGGUACAAGCCUAUCUGACGAAGUCCGUGAACAGCAUCGUGAGCUAAUUGUGCGCGAGUAUCACGCCUCGCUGACAGCCACCAUGGCUAAGCUUAAAUGCAGCACGGUGGUACCGAGCCUCGAUCAGCUACUGGAUACAUUGAAAAAGCGUGCUCUAUGCGAGGUGGUUACAUCGUUUACCCUAUUCCCGAUGAUUCUAGUCGACAAAAGCAACUUCGUAAGCUUGGAUGACGUGAUGAAAGGUGGAGGAGGUGCGAACUCUAUCUUCCAAGGUGAAUUGUUCAGGAAGGUUAUGAAAAGGAUUCUACCAUUGUACGACAGCAUGGGACUACUGGAUACGACAAGUACCGGCUAAAAUGCAAAACGUGAUGAAUAGGUAUCCAU